CGCAGUGAAUGGCAAAGUCGCUGACAGCCGGCGAACAAAGUGUAACACAAUUUUUCAGCGGAGUUUUGGGAAUCAGGAUACACAGGAGAUACCAGGCCACCAGACAUGGAUCCCUCGUUGGACAACUACAAGCUGAGCUGUGAGCUCCUGGGUCACAGCAUGGACGUGCGGGCGGUGGCAGUGGGUGGCCCCACUCCGGAAGGUGGGCAGAUGAUUCUGUCCGGUUCGCGGGACAAAAGUACCAAGCUCUGGCGGCCUAUUGGAAACGAGUACUUGGAGAGCGUGACGCUGCAGGAUCACAAGAACUUCAUCUCGUACAUCUACUACCUGGAAACGGAGCAGUGGAUCUGCACGGCCAGCAAUGACGCCACCAUUUGCAUUUACAAGCAGGAUGGCUUUGUGCCCUUGUUGACCCUCAAGGGCCAUGGCUCCACGGUGUGCACGCUCUCGGAAGGAUUGCAGGCAAGGAGUCUGAUCAGUGGCAGUUGGGAUAAGACAGCCCGGGUUUGGAGUAUAAGCGAAGCGGGUGAUGUGACAUUUAUAACCUUGGAGGGCCACGAGGCAGCCGUUUGGGCAGUGGCCACUCUAAAGGAGCAGCUCAAAUAUGUAACCGGUGGAGCGGACAAGAACAUCUACUACUGGAACGCCAAGGGCGAGAAGCUGCGUCUGCUCAAGGGACACACGGAUUGCGUGAGGGGUCUCAUUGGCCUAGAUGCCAACACCCUGCUCUCCUGCGGCAAUGAUGCAGUGCUCCGUUUCUGGAACGAAGAUGGCGAGUGCGUGCGCCAGCUAAGCGGACACACCAACUACAUCUAUUCGAUGGACCGGAAUCGAGCUCUUGGUGAGCAAGUGGUGGUCUCCUGCGGCGAGGAUAGCACGCUGCGUAUGUGGAACGUGAUCACUGGCGAUGAACUGGGCGCACCCAUCCUGCAUCCCGCCAUUUCGGUGUGGUCGGUGGCCUGCCUGAAGAACGGCGACAUAGUCACCGGCUGCAGCGAUGGUGUGGUGAGGGUAUUCAGCCAGGAUCCAACUCGGCAAGCGAGUGAGGGUAUACGGAAAGCCUUUGACUUGGCCGUGGCCACCAGGAAGUCGCAGAUGAACGAGGAAAUCGGAGGGGUAAAGAAAACUGAUCUACCCGGUCCGGAGGCCCUGUUGUCCAAUGGAACGCGAGAGGGACAAACGAAGAUGGUGCGUCAUCCCGAUGGUUCGGUGAAAUGCUACAUCUGGGAGCUAGGCAACUGGAAUAUGGUGGGCGAUGUGACAGGAGCGUCGGGCGGCACACAGGCCAGUUCCGGCAAGAAACUGCACGAGGGCAAGGAGUACGACUUUGUGUUCAAUGUGGACAUCUCCGAUACGGAGCCGCCAAUCAAGCUGCCCUACAACCUGGGCGAAGAUCCCUGGCAGGCGGCCCAGACCUUCAUCCAUCGCAACAACCUGCCGCAGGCCUAUCUCGACCAGGUGGCCAACUUCAUAGUGAAGAAUUCGCAGAGUGCUGCGAUGGUGGUGGAGCAAGCACCCACUGGCUAUCAGGAUCCGUUCACGGGCGGCUCUCGCUACGUUCCCGGUUCGAGCAACACCAAUGUGAGGAGUGGCGGCAAUGUGGAUCCUUUUACGGGUGCCUCCAGCUACUCGACAACAGCCAGCAAUGUGAAUGUGAACUUUGUGAGUGCCGGUGACAAACACUUUCCCGUGAGCAGCUAUCGCACCUUUGAUACUUGUGACUCGAAGAAGGUGCUGGAGAAAAUGAAGGAGUUUAAUAGUAAACUAACACCCGUUGAUGGCAAAGUUGGAGACGAGGUCCUGUUGGCUGUCAUCAAGUUAACCGAGCAAGCACCCGAGCUGGAUCUGACCUCUCUGGAAGCCCUGAUUAUCCUGCUUAAGUGGCCAGCUGCCAUGCUCUUCCCUGUGCUGGAUAUUCUACGCCUGGCCGUGCGCAAUGAGCCCGUCUUUAGUGUCCUCAACAAUAGCCACAACUUCCUGAGCAUUGUGAUCCCCCAGUUGACUGGAUCGGCGGCCAGUCAGCUAAUGGUGGUGCGUUGCCUGGCCAACAGCUUGAGUCACGCCACGGGACGUCAGCAGGUGGAGUCCCAUCUGGCGGAGAUCAUCGAACUGGUGGGGGGCAUCAAGGCGGGCAGUGCCAAUCUGCAGAUUGCCGUGGCCACCUUCUAUUUGAACUUGACCAUUGCCCAGACUGUAAGUGCGGCCAAGGCGGAGGUCUGCCAUGUGGUCACCGCCGGCGUGGUGGAGCUGCUCAAGUGGGCCACGGAUCUGGAGGCCUGCUACCGUUCCAUGCAGGCCAUUGGCAACCUGACCACCACAUCCUGCGGCCAGGAAACCGUCGCCCAGGUCGUCUCCGUGGACUAUGUGAUGGACAAGCUGCGCGAGCUGACCAACACGCCGCAGGCCGAGAACUUCAGCAAGGUGAACUCGGUGGGCCAGGCCCUGCUGGCUGCAUUCUAGGAUCCCAUUUAUCAUCAUUCUAAAUUAAUCAUAUAUUGGAGCGAACGUUUUUUCUAAAUACACAUUAUAAACCCGCUAA